AUGGGAAUUCCCCACCUGAUUACAACGCUGGAGAACUAUGCCUCCCACGAGAUUCUUCAGCGUCAAGUGGUAGUCAUCGAUGGUCCAGCACUGGCCUACCAUAUUCUUCAUCUAUGCCGAUUUCAAGGGGCGAGUCAGCCGUCAUAUGGCCUUCUUAAUCGACUCGUUAUUGAAUGGUUGGAUCGCCUGGAGGAUCAGCAAGUGACUAUUCGAGCCAUAUACUUCGAUGGCUACCUUCCAGAGUCUAAGCAGCCUGUUCGCAUGGAAAGGGUGAUCAAAGUAACUUCUCGGCUCAAUUUGUUCUAUUCUUCACAUUCUAUGGCUUGUCCUCAGAAGCAUGUGGCUCCCACAGAUGAGAUAUACCUGGACACAGCCCGCCCAGGAAGAUUCGCCGACAAAAACUCUCUGGAUCCGAGCUUUCUUGUGCCUGCAAUCAUUGAUGCCAUCCGGGAGAGUUCUCGCUACCGAGAAAAAUGCUUCAUUAUUCCCGGAGAGGCAGAUGCUUACUGCGCUUCGGACAUUGCAAAGCAUGGCGGAACAAUAUUGACAUCCGACUCCGAUCUGCUUGCCCACGAUCUUGGCAAUGGCAAAGUUAUCUUCUUUCGAGAUAUCCAUGAGAACGCUAGCUCGAUGCUAGCCUGCACAAUGUAUGCUCCUCGUGCGAUAUACACAAAGCUGGGACUGUCAAAGUCUGUAGAAGCCUGUCGCUUGGGGUACGAACGAUUGCGUUCCCCAAACGCAACGCUUCCCAUGCUAUUAAAGGCCUGCUCAAGUCCUAUAGCAGAUGCUCUGGAUUAUGACCAUUUUCGUCAGCAAUAUAUACGUCACGAAAAGGCCCCAGUACCGCGUUUGAUAGGGGGUGCCUUACUCCCAUUGAGUGCCCUUGAUCCUAGAGUGUCAGAACUGCUCCUUCAGAUUGGGCAGGCACCCAAAGCCAAGAAUGCCCGAGAGAAGGCCAAGAUUUUUCUCCCCUCCUUAAUCGAGAAUCCCACCAAAGGAACAUCUUGGGAUACCAGCGCGCAUGUCCGCACGUUGGCCUACACGGCGGCGUGCCGCUAUCUUGAAUGCGGUUGUUCCAUGUCAGUUGAAGAGUACAGAAGAGUUCAGAACAUCGAUCAAAAGGGACGAGAAAUAUCAUUACUGUCCGGCGAUGAGGCGAAUAGAGUAGCCAGUGAGAUACUGGACCUUUUGAAACGAGGAAGAGAAAUAAGUUUAGCACAACAGCAUCACUGGAUUCUACUGUGCCUGAUACUGGAUGUUAUGGAAUGCAACCAGCAAGGCAAGAAUUCACAUACACUAAUCACGCUUCAACGAAGUGGUGGCAACUUGGCCACUGCUGGGGAUAAAAUUUCAUGGGAUGUAAUCCACUUUAGCGCACACAUUCAAGCUGGAUUGUAUUCGCUCCGCAUAUUGAGUCAAGUACUCUCAUCCGUAAUUGUUGAAAACAACAGCACGGAUGAGUUCACAUUCAACCUCAUUCAAAUCCGCGAGAUGUUAUCAGAGCUUCCGCCUCUCCCUGAAUUUCCGGAUGUUUGUGCGCUAUCUGAUUUCUUAAAGGCAUCAAAAGAACUUCAGAUACUGCAUAUUUUGUCCGAGUUUAUCAUUUUUGAGCAAGCGCCGUCUCAAGCCCUUGAACACUCUCGCUCGAAAGCAGACGAUAGAAAAUCCAACAAGCGGGGAGGAAAAUCACAGGGCAUCAGCAAAAAGACAAACAAGAAGCCAAAUAAUACCGGUACAAACAGAGGAAACAUAUUCAAUGUCCUCUCCAUAGAU